CAACUUAAUCCGGAUAUUGUACUGCGAGUGCACCCCACUUUAUAGCUCCAGAUACUUAAUCACGCCUUUUAUCGCGGAUUCCAUCCCCUAUUUAAACAGCUGAGGGUCCUAUACUUCACUGGACAAGCUCUCCUUCCCCACUAAAAACACAAACACUUUGGCAUUUUCCCUCGGAGCUCAGGUGAAAAUGUUGACCACUCAACUACUUCCAGUCGUCUUCUUUUCACUGGCUCUGGUAUUUCUAACUCCAGUAACUUUGGCCAUUUCUUCCUCCUCCGCCGUCCAAGACCCCGAUCUUGUCGUCCAAGAAGUUCACAGGACUAUCAAUGCAUCGGUGGAAAGGAGGAACCUACAGGGUUACUCAUCAUGCAGAACCGGAAACCCAAUCGACGACUGCUGGCGGUGCGAUCCUAACUGGGAAAACAACCGUCAGCGGUUAGCCGACUGCGGAAUUGGGUUCGGCAAGGACGCAAUCGGCGGCAAGAACGGCCGUAUCUACGUAGUCACGGACUCCGGCAACGACGACCCGGUCAACCCAAGACCCGGCACAUUAAGACACGCAGUCAUCCAAGACGAACCUUUAUGGAUCAUCUUCAAGAGAGACAUGGUGAUCCAGCUCAAACAAGAGCUGGUAAUGAACUCUUACAAGACCAUCGACGGAAGAGGAGCCAGCGUCCACAUAGCCGGCGGGCCCUGCAUCACCAUCCACUACGCCACCAACAUCAUCAUCCACGGGAUCAACAUCCACGACUGCAAGCAGGGCGGCAACGGCAACAUCAGGAACUCGCCGGAGCAUUCCGGUUGGUGGACUGUGUCCGACGGAGACGGCAUCUCGAUUUUCGCGUCCCAACAUGUCUGGGUUGACCAUUGUUCCCUAUCCAACUGUCACGAUGGACUUAUUGACGCCAUCCAUGGAUCCACCGCCAUAACCCUAUCUAACAAUUACUUUACUCACCACGAUAAAGUGAUGUUGUUGGGUCACAGCGAUUCUUAUACACAAGACAAAAACAUGCAAGUCACCAUUGCAUUCAAUCAUUUUGGUGAAGGUCUUGUCCAGAGGAUGCCAAGGUGUAGACACGGAUAUUUCCACGUAGUAAACAACGACUACACGCAUUGGGAAAUGUACGCGAUUGGUGGGAGUGCGAACCCUACCAUAUACAGUCAAGGCAACCGGUUUCUUGCACCCAAUACUAGGUUCAACAAAGAGGUGACGAAGCACGAGGAUGCAUCAGAGAGCGAAUGGAAACACUGGAAUUGGAGGUCGGAAGGCGACUUGAUGCUGAACGGCGCUUAUUUCCGGCAGUCCGGUGCCGGUGCAUCCUCCGCUCCUUAUGCCAGGGCUUCUAGCAUACGUGCUCGACCUUCUUCCCUGGUUGGUUCCAUCACCGUGACAGCCGGUGCAUUGACCUGCCGGAAGGGCUCCCGUUGCUAAUCAUUACGUACCAAAUAGAUAGCCGGGAGAUGGUUUUAAUCAAAAGAGGAACGAUAAAAUGGUGUUUUCUUUUUCUUUUUUUGGGCCUUUGUAAUAGUUGUCAAAGUGACGAAAGAGGCAAUGAUCACAAUUACUCUUUACGUAAUUAGAUGUUAUCGUGCCCGUCUAUCACAUUAAUACUUUAUUUUCCUCAGUUUGUUUCACUUUUUUGGCUUUAAUGACAAAGUGUAGUCUAUGCUUGAAGCAGCAUUAUUAUGCAUUGAGCUACUUACUCCAGUUCAAGAAAAAAAGCAAAGUUGAUGAAUUGUUGACUUCCGGGGAAAAAAAAAAGUGCUACUAUCUCCCACUACGUCAAGAAACGUGCGUUUUCCCUUGAUUUCCUGUUGACCGAUUCGUCAUGUCCAGAUUUUCGGGAACUUCUUUUCUCUUUUU